UCAUCAUUCUUUCAAUAAUGGAGGUAAUAGAGGUUACACGAACCGCCAAGGAUUUCGCGGGGGGCGCGAUCGUGGUUAUGGCCGCGGAAGAGGUACCUAUGGUAAUCAGUUCUCCCGGAACCGUAACCAGCCGAAUCGAGGCAAGUACCACAGUCAACGCGCAAUCAUAAGCUAUUUCGCUGGUGAGGAUGUAGGUAACCUUGACCAAUCAAGCACCUUCCACGACUCUAAGGAGCAUCCGGGCCAAUUAUCAUUCAUGCUACUUUUCCAUAAUGCCAAUCCCCGCUGGCCUGACGACGGCAUCGUAUUUGCAAAAUCCAGACUCAACUUAUUGCCGGAAUACAACGUAAAGACAGAGGAAUAUGGAGAAUGGCCAACUGUUAAACAGCCAGAGACCUCUCAAGGCUCAGAUGCAAUUGUGGAUGCCAAUCCCAAGGAAAACAUGUCCCAGUCCGCUGCUAAGGACGAUGAAGCAGGCCACGUUGUGACCGCUAUCAAAUCCUUGUCUGUCACCGAUGAAGAGAAAGCGGAAACUACUACACCUUCUGAGUCAGUCCAAGCAGAUGAGACACCUGCUGAAGAAACAUCGUUGGGCUCCAAUAUCCGUAUGAAGUACAGUGACGUCCGCAAUCUACCACUGGAAGAACAAGAGCGCCUGGUGGAGAAGCAGAAGCAGAAACGCUGGAGGCCACAAGAACUACCUCAAUUCACGUACGCCCCCGUUCCGCCUAUUGACUAUGCUCCGUCUACACAUGCGCCUAUCGCCGCUUUCGAAGAGCGCCACUCUUUGGACUACGGAAAUAAUAGGUCCAUGUUUAUCUUUGUAGGCUGGUAUCGUAUCACACAUAUCAGCGUUCUGGCGCCAUACUCGGAAGAGCUCGUUCGCAUGCAGCAACAAAAGUGGGAGCGUCGCGACCGCUAUGGAAACGUUCUUCCUGGAAAGGCUCGCGAUGCCGCGGCGUGGAAGGAAUCGCUCAAGACGUCGUGGGCAGUCGUUAAGUUCGAGAAGAUUGGCGGCGACGAAGCCCCCGCUGUUCCCGACAUAGAAACGCUACCCAAGGUUGGCUUUGGAAAAUACCCUGAGAUUGUUUGGGGCAGAGGUUGGGGGAAGAGAGAGGGGGCGGCUGAGAAAAACCUGCAGGGGAUUGCGAAGGUGAAGGAAGACAUGGGCGAAAGAGAGGAAGAAACGUCUGCCAGUGUAGAGGAGGACAAAAAGGCACCUGCUGACAACAUUCGCCCAGAAGAACCAGGCAAGCAGCCAGAGCCAACCAAGGUAGAGACGGAUAAUAAUGAAGGGAAGCAAGUUGAGAUGUAAGAUAAAAAAGAAAGGUGAUCCUAACAGGACGAGGCGGCAGAGAGGGAGAUGGAAAAAUGCUUCUUCUGUUCAGCGCUCUCGGACUUAUCACAUACCUUCUAUUCCGGCAUCUGCAUGCCAGGUAGGUAGGUACCUAGGAGGUAGGUAGGUGCCGAUAUCUCAAAACUGUGUGCAACAGAAUUAGAGCCUAAAAGGGCCAGGUAGUCUGCCUUACAUGAGCGAUGGUUAUCACAGGUCAUGUGGCGAAUAUUUCUGCGCUAUGAAUUAAUCUCAAAUACUUUUACCUUUGACAUGGUGGUGGCACUGUCAUGAUAUUUA